UUCUGCGCUUCUGAGCAAUCAAUAUCCGACUCCAUUGUCAACCAUAGAUUCCGACAACGCGUACGUAAACGAGCAGCACUGCUGCCCAUCCGAUAGCGGGGUUCACGUCCAGCCCACCUCUCUCACGCGUCACACUACCUCACCUCACCCCUUACAUCACCUUUGCGAUAAUGGGCGCCAAAGUCCCCCGAAACUUCCGUCUGCUCGAAGAGCUGGAGAAGGGCGAGAAGGGUCUCGGUGCUGAGGCAUGCUCGUAUGGUCUUGACAACGGAGAUGAUCUUCUCAUGUCAGACUGGAACGGCACCAUUCUCGGACCACCGCACAGUGUACACGAGAACCGCAUCUACAGCGUCAAGAUCCACUGCGGCCCAAGCUACCCUGAUGUCCCCCCCGAGAUAUCCUUCACAUCCAAGAUCAACCUACCGUGCGUAAAUGCGCAGAACGGACAGGUCGAUGCGACUAAGCUGCCGUGCUUAGCCCAGUGGAAGCGAGACUUCACCAUGGAGACCAUACUCAUAGAGCUUCGAAGGUAUAUGGCACUUCCCAACAACAAGAAGCUCCCGCAACCGCCGGAAGGUACCACGUUCUAGGCUGGUUCGUGACAGAUAGAACAAGUCGAGAGAGGCAGCGUGGGGGUGCAAUAAGCUUCAGAAGAGUGAGUACGAAUAUGCAUGUUAUGGCACGUAUGAUUAGCGUAGGGUUGGAGUUCUAGGGCACCAGGUCAGGUACAAGACAAACGCAAGAAUGAAACAACAUCU